UGCACGGGCUCCGGGCAAGCUCCCAGGGCUGCGCUCGCCUCCUUCCUGCCGCUGUUACCUCUGCCGGGAGGGCGGGUCCGAGCCCAGAGUGAAGGAGGGAAAGGGGCUGGCGCGUCAUGCCCUUGUCACUCCGUGCCAAGCUCCUUAGGGACCUGAUCCUGGACGUAUGGGGAAUCGCUGCCUUCCUGGUCAACCUUGGCGCCAACCUGUGGGCCGUGAGCCAGUAUGUGCUCAGUGGUCGCUACGUGUGGGCCGCACUGGUGCUGACGUUGCUGGGCCUCGCCUCGGUUGCACUGCAGGUCUUCAGCUGGGUCUGGCUGCGCGCCGACCCCCUUGGCCUGCACGUGUCGCAGCCUCCAGGCCGCUGUCUGGCGCUGCUGCACCUCCUGCAGCUGGGGUACCUGUACAGGUGCAAGCAAAGCCUGCAGCAGGGUCUGUUGGUGUGGCAGCAGCAAGUGCCUUCUGACUUUGACUUGGCUUAUGCCGAUUUCCUCUCCCUGGACAUCAGUAUGCUACGGCUCUUUGAGACCUUCCUAGAGAAGACACCGCAGCUCACGCUGAUCCUGGCCAUCGUGCUGCACAGUGGCCGGGCUGAGUGCUACCAAUGGGUCGUCAUUAUCAUGUCCCUCGUGAGUAUCUCAUGGGCACUGCUUGACUACCACCGGGCCUUGCGCACCUGCCUUCCCUCCCAGCACCACCUCCGGCUGGGCUCCUCUGUGAUCUACUUCCUGUGGAACCUGCUGCUGCUGUGGCCCCGAGUCCUGGCUGUGGCCCUGUUCUCAGCCCUCUUCCCCCGCUAUGUGGCUCUGCACUUCUUGGGCCUGUGGCUGGUGCUGCUGUUGUGGGUCUGGCUUCAGGGCACUGACUUUAUGCCAGAUCCCUGCUCUGAGUGGCUGUACCGGGCAACGGUAGCCACCAUCCUUUACUUCUCCUGGUUCAAUGUGGCUGAGGGUCACACUCGAGGCCGUGCCACCAUCCACCUGAUGUUUCUCCUGAGUGACAGCGCUCUCAUGGUGGUCACUUGGGUGCCUUACGGUGCCUGGCUGCCUAGUGGGAUCCUGUUGCAGAUCUUGCUGCCCGUGGGAGGCGCCAGCUUCCUUUUGGGUCUGGUUCUACGGCUUGUCUACUACCACUGGCUGCACCCUCGCUGCCACUGGGAGUCUGCCCAGGUGGAUGGGACCCGGGCCCUCCACUUCCCUGAGUGGUGUCAGCUGCCUCAGAACAGUCGCAUGAUCGAGUUGGCUCAGAACUUUUUCCCCAAGGCUAGGGAUGAGGCUUCUUUGCCAUGGGAGGGAGAGGUGAAUGGGGUCCUUUAAGGCAGGGUCAGACCCAGCCAGGGACAGGACGACAGAUGGAAUCAACUGGUAAAAUGCAGAAGCUAAGCUAAUAAUGCUGCUAUAGGCCUUGAUUCACUCAACAAGCACUGAUGCCUGAUCUUGCCAGGCACUGAAGGCCAGAGUUGAGUAAGACAGGCCUGCCUUCAAGGAUGAGAACAACGUGAGAAGGGCCAGGUCUUAGAGGGUGAAGGGCCCAAUUGUGUACAAAACACUUUGGGAGGAAAGAAGAGAUCUCCUCCCCCUUUUCUCUUUCUCCCAACCAGUAGAGCUGGUGCUCCAAAGCUUCCCCGUGUUGGUAUUGCCACCUCCAAAAUAAUUGGUAGGGGUGCUGUCCCACCCCUUGGUCCCCCUAUCCCAGGCUAGAAUGGCCCUAAGACCUCCAAGAUGUGUUCUCUAGAAUUCUUCCUCCCGUGCCCCACCUCACUUCAUUCUAGUGGAGACAUAAACAGGCUAAGUAGAACAGUGUAUCGGAUAGUGUUAAGUGCUAAAAGUAGGGAAGGGGACAGGGCGAGUGUGUUUAUGUUUUGGUGUGUUAUGUCAUUCAGUUCAUUCACCAAGUGUUUACUGAGAGUGUUUUAUGUGCCAGCAACAUCAUUCUAUCCUUGGAACCAGGAACAAGAUCAGCUGCCACCCCUACCCUCUCCAGCUGCUCCUGUGUGGGCUCAUGCUGGAAGCCAGAGAUGCCCACCUGGCUGGCCUGCGACAACCCCUCGAAGGCCUUCGUGCAGCUGGCCCAACGUUUGUCCCUGCUCUCAACCAAGUGCCUUGUGAACCUGUGGUCAGGGUUCGGGCACAGCCCAUUGAGUAUUUUUUUAUAUUUCAGACAGUGUACUUUCUACCUCAGUCUAUAUAAGAAGAGAAUGUGUGUGCCUGUGUCUCUGUGAGACAUGUGUUGUUGUUUUUGAACAGUAUUAGGUUAUUAUUAAAAUCUCAUGAAAUCUUCCAACCUAGUUGUGUCAACACAAUUCAAAGCUGCUGGGCAAGAGGGGGGUCAGGGACACAAAGUCCAUGGCUCAAAACUGGUAAAGGCUCUGGGACAGAGAAGAGGGCUGGCUUAGGCAGGACCCCUCAACCUUGUUUUCCAAGUUUCUGGAGCUGAUGAGCCAGUGCGGGGUUGAUAGUUCAAGUGGGCAUGAGAACCUGGACUGACUAGUGUGUGCUGCUGGGCCUGGCAGGCGUAGCCGCACCCUUUGUACCAGGAAGUGAAUAUGGGAGCCCAGGGGAAGGCGUUUUUGCUGGGAGCUCAGGGAGGGAGUAAAGGAUGAGGUGGCUUAGGGGAUGUGCAAGUGGGCAGUGGUGCCAGGGAGGUGGAACCGUUUGUUGCUCCUGGCAGGUCUGGUUUGGAGAAACUAGGAACAGGAAAAAGGCGCUGGAGACAGAAGAAAAGGUUGCAGUCACCACUGUGAUGGGGCUCAGGAGAGUCUCAGUUUCAUCAUUCAUUCAUUCUAGUGGAGACAUAAACAGGCUAAGUAAAACAGUGUAUCGGAUAGUGUUAAGUGCUAAAAGUAGGGAAGGGGACAGGGAGAGUGUGUUUAUGUGUUGGUGUGUUAUGUGGAAGUUAGUUUUAUACAGAAUGGCCAAGGAAGGCCUCCCUGAGAAGUCAAGCCUUACUAAAGAUGAGGGAGCUACGCACAUGAAUUGUAUCCCAGACACCCAGUCAACAGUGACUGUAUGAAGGAGGGCUUGUAGGGGCUUAUUGGCCCGCAGCCAAGGAUGACACAGAGAUGAGGGUUGGGAGCAGAGAGAGGUUCUGGGAAGAUGAUGCUGUGUUUUUUUGUUUGUUUUGUUUUGUUUUUAAGCUGAGCCAUCCUGCUACCAGUUGGCAGCUCAAUGGCUGCU